AUGGCGGGCGCACGCAAGCGCGGUGCUACGGCUCCUGCGGCCGAUGCUGGAUUCGACGAGCCAGCGCCCAAGCGACGAUCCUCUCGACAGGCUGCUGCUGCUGCUGCCGCCGCCGCCCCGGAACAGUCGGUGGAUGCGCCGCCUCGGCAGGACACGAGGAAGCCUGCAGAAGCCAAGACGGGGAAACGCGAGGCUAGGAGGGCCAGCCAAGGCAAUGCGCGCGGGCGAGGCGUAAGGCCCAAGCGGGAUCAUGAUGCGCCGGCUGCGAAGAAGAACAAGGCCACGCCGGCCACGACGAGUAGAAGCAACAGCACCAGUCAAUCCAGGACAAAGCCGGAGCGGUCGAGCGACGACCCCAAGCCGGCAGAAGCGCGCCGUUCCGACGACGGCGACGACAUCUCGGCCGUCAACCCCGAGGCGCCGCGGCACGAUGGCGAGUGGUACUGGCUCAUGAAGGCGGAACCCGAGACGCGCCUCGAAAACGGCGUCGACGUCAGCUUCUCCAUCGACGACCUGCGCGCCAAGACGAAGCCCGAGGGCUGGGACGGUAUUAGAGCAUAUGCAGCCCGAAACCACAUGCGCACCAUGAACGUCGGCGACAAGGCCUUUUUCUACCACUCCAACUGCAAGGAUCCCGGCAUCGCCGGCGUCAUGGAAAUUGUCAAGGAGUUCUCCCCAGACCAAAGCGCCCUCAUCCCGGGCGCGCCCUACUACGACCCGUCGUCGACCAAGGAGAACCCCCGGUGGAGCCUGGUGCACGUCAAGUUCCGCCGCAAGUUCGCCGUGCCCAUCUCUCUGCGCGAGCUGCGCGAGCUGGGGAAGUCCGGCGGCGCGCUCGAGGGCAUGCAGAUGCUCAAGCAGUUGCGGUUGAGCGUGAGCCGCGUCUCCUCGGGCGAGUGGGCGGUGCUAUGCCGCCUUGCCGACGACAAGGCUGCCGAGGCGGGCUUGGAGCACGAUGAAGGGCGAGAACCGGGGAAGUGA